AUGUGGGCUGAAAAGUUUCAGUUCUUAGAUCUGCAAAUAAAUAGCGUAGGAGUCGACAAAGACGAGAGGGCUAGGGUUUUUGAAUUGCUCUUCGGAUUCGCUAAAAUCUCAUCAAUCCCAAAAGGAAAACCAAACACAUAUCGGAUCGAAGAUGUUUCCGGGUAUGUUCAUGCGCAAACCAGACAAAGAAGCUGCUCUGAAGCAGCUUCGUGUGCACGUUGCCAUGUUCGGUUCUGUUCUUCCAAUGAUAUCUUGAUUUUAGAGCUAUGUUGGGAUAUUGCUUUGUGGAAGAAGUGUGGUUUGAAAACAAAAUCUCAUCUGUUGAUUCAAUUUCUUGAGCUUAUGUUUAUGUUUUUGAAUCCAGGAAACUAGGAGAGUAGAUUUUAUAUAAUCCCUUUAUGGCACUACAUUUAUAUAAAAAUUGUCUUUGAAAGAUUUAAUUGCUUCAAACAAAUAUAUACUAUGAUACAAAACACUAGACCUCUAAAAUAGCAUCAUAAAUGAACGACUAGCUAAUCA